AAAGUGACUUUGGAUGCUUUCAAGAAAGGUAAUUAAUUAAAGACUGAGCAGAUUUUAUAUAUGUGGUGGUAAUUGGUAAGCCAAAAAUUGAAAGAUGGAAACUUCUAUAUUGUAUUUAGGAUUAUUAUUAUUAUUAAUUAGGUGUUAAAAAGAAAGAAGGUUCAUUUUUUUUUAGUUUAAAUAAUUGAUAUUUUUAUUUUUUAAAUUAUUUUUAAAUUUUGUUUUGGAAAAAUAUCAAUUUGUCUAUUUUAUUUUUAAAACAGUUUCAAAACUUUAAAAGUUAACUUGUUUUUUUUUUUAUUUAAUUUUUUUAAGAAGGGAUUUUCCAACUGAGUGCCAGUGGGGCUAAUAUAAUAUGAGCUUAAAAUCAAAUCUUAAUUAUUUAUUAUGAGAGUUGGAAAACUGAUUGAACAUGUCCAUCAUUUUGACUUGUGUGCUACAUCUCUGAAAUUUAUAUAUACACAAGAAAAGUACAAUAUUUUCACUGUUCAAUACCCAUCUCUCUCUCUCUCUCUCUCUCUUUUUUUUUUUUUUUUUUUCCUUUUAAUAUCAAAAGAGACACCAUAAAUAAAGCUAGCAGACUCCCACAUCAUAAGUUUAUGUUAUGUAGAAGAAGAGACACUUACUGGGUAUUGGGUUCUUGCUUUCUUUAUGUAGUUUUUGGAGCAUUUGUUAUCCAAGACAAAGAGAGAUCUUUAAAGAGAAAGAAAGGAAGAUGGGAAGAGCUCCAUGUUGUGACAAGGCGAAUGUGAAGAAAGGACCAUGGUCACCUGAAGAAGACUCUAAGCUUAAAGAUUACAUUGAAAAAUAUGGAACUGGUGGUAAUUGGAUUGCUCUUCCUCAAAAAGCUGGUUUGAGGAGAUGUGGAAAGAGUUGCAGAUUGAGAUGGCUAAACUAUCUGAGGCCCAACAUUAAACAUGGUGAAUUUUCUGAUGAAGAAGACAGAAUUAUCUGCACUCUUUUUGCUAGCAUUGGUAGCAGAUGGUCAAUUAUAGCUGCUCAAUUACCAGGCAGGACUGACAAUGAUAUCAAGAAUUAUUGGAACACAAAGCUCAAGAAGAAGCUUAUGGCUAUGGUUCCUCAAUCUCAAAGAAAACCUUUACCAUUUCCGUCUCAAGCUCCACCAUUAUCAUCUCACUCACUUUUAUCUCUUUACAGAGAUUAUAACACUUCUGGUUCUUUCACUUAUUGCCCGAGUACUACUGCUGCUGCUACUCUCAAACCUUUUAGUGUUAUGGAUCCCAUUUCACCAAUCCCAUCAUCAAAUCUUUUAGGCAAUAAUAAUAACACAAACACUUCUCUUUUUCAAGCGCAAGAUGGAUUGAUGAAUCCCAUGCAAUAUUAUCAUCAAGGAAUAGUAGGGAAAGAUAAUGUGCUGAUGUUUGGAAGUGAAGCAAGUUGCAGUUCUAAUAAUUCUGAUGGGAGCUGUAGUCAGAUCAGUUAUGGAAGAGAGGUUAAACAAGAAGAAAUGGGAUUUCAGAGCUUUAUUUCAAAUGGAUAUGAAGAGAAUCAGAAAUUCAUGCUAAAUUAUUGUAGCAAUGGAGGUGAUCAUCAUCAUCAACAACAUCAGGAUCAAGACAAUCUGAACCAAUGGAGUAGUACUACUACUGCAGAGAAGACAAAUGGAAGUGGGUAUUUUGAAACAGCUACGUUGGAGUAUGAUCUUGAAGAUGUUAAGCAACUGAUUAGCAGUAGUAAUAAUAGCAAUAAUAAUACUAAUAGUAAUGGGUGUAACAAUAAUAUUAACUUCUUCAUUGAUGAAAGCAAGACACAAGACAAGUUCAUGUACUACUAUUAAAAAAGAUUUUAAAUAAUAUAUAUAUAUGCAUUUAUAUUUA